CCGAGCUCCUUGUGUCCGGAAGAAGCUCCGCUUGUGGAGCUCUUCAAACAGGACUUUCUGUGGAUAUAGGAGCUCAGGAAGAAAGAGGAUCCACUGGCCGAUCAGCGUGUCAGGCCCCGGCCGGGUGAUUCUGGGGAGGCCGGUGCUGAAAUAUGGGUCUGCUGGCCACCAUACGGAAGGAAUGGUUCAUCAUUGGGAUCGUGGUGGUCAUAUUGUCGGCUAAACUGCAGCCCAGCUUCGGUGUCAAAGGCGGACCGCUGAGGCCAGAGAUCACCAUCUCAUAUGUUGCAGUCUCGCUAAUCUUCUUCAACAGCGGCCUCUCGCUGAAGACGGAGGAGCUGACCAGUGCUUUGCUUCACGUGCGCCUUCACCUGUUCGUUCAAUCGUUCACGCUCAUCUUCUUCCCCCUGGCGGUGUGGUUGCUGGUCAGAGUGCUCGCGCUGACUGCUAUCGACCAAUGGCUGCUCAGAGGGUUACAGACGGUGAGCUGCAUGCCGCCUCCGGUCUCCUCGGCCGUCAUUCUCACCAAAGCUGUUGGCGGUAACGAGGCUGCUGCAAUUUUCAACUCUGCAUUUGGAAGCUUCCUGGGCAUCGUGGUAACGCCAGCGCUGCUGCUGCUCUUUCUGGGCUCCUCCUCCUCUGUUCCCUUCUCCUCCAUCUUCUCUCAGCUCUUCAUGACGGUGGUGGUGCCGCUCAUCAUGGGUCAGGUGUGCCGCCGUUUCCUCAGGGAGUGUCUGGAGCGGAGGAAGCCCCCCUUCGGCGCUGUCAGCAGUGCCGUUCUCCUCAUGAUCAUCUACAGCACUUUCUGCGACACCUUCAGUAACCCCGACAUGGAGCUGGACCCCACCAGCCUGCUGAUGGUCGCCCUCAUCAUUUUCUCCAUACAGCUCACUUUCAUGCUGCUCACUUUUGGAUACUCCAGCAGGACGGGCUCAGGUUUCAGUCCCGCUGACACAGUCGCGAUUGUGUUCUGCUCCACACACAAGUCGCUCACACUGGGUAUCCCCAUGUUGAAGAUCGUAUUUGUGGGCUACGAGCACUUGUCGCUCAUCUCGGUUCCCCUGCUCAUCUACCACCCGGCUCAGAUCCUGCUGGGGUCCGUGCUGGUGCCGACCAUCCGCAGAUGGAUGACCGGCCGCCAGAAGCUGAUGAAGACGCCGAGCCUGCAACCCGUCUGAUGAAGAUCAGCCGUUCACGUGCCUUACAACAGCCAAUCAACAGCAACCUCAGCCAGCUUCUGCAAUGGCAAAAAAAGCAUUUAUUCUUCUAUACUGAAAAAAAGCAAAGGUACAUGUUUUAUUUUUGUAAAAUAAGUUAUUGGGACCAUUCUUCUAUUUCUUAUUUUUAUUUUCUAUGGCUCUUUUCUACUUUUUCUACAUCCGCUGUUACAUUUAUAGCCUUGAUACUGCUAGAAUAUGUUACAUUCAAUAUAAUGGGUGAUCAUUUUAUUUGUGAUGCUUCCUUCUUCUCAUCUUCCUCUUCCUGAUGAAGGCUGUCAUGUGUCAGCUAUGUAAGAAACCAUGUUUUCCCACCCAAGCCAAAGAGUUUAUAUUUUUAGUGUCUUUUCAUUCUUAGAGUUUACAGACAAAAUGAUCUAUGAUGUACUUUCAUAAGAAGAAAUAAAUGUUAAAAGUUUAAAGACUGUUCUCUUA